AUGGGCUCAUCCAAGUUGAUGCUACCAUCUCCACCAUGCCACCACCCUGCUAGCCUCCUUGCCUCCCACGACAUGGCCUGGGAAGCUCGCCGCUGUUCGACUGUUACCAUGCAGCAAACCUUGGAAAUAACCCCUUCAAGUGGACCGGUCCAGCGCACCAUUCUGCCCCUCCACGGCUCUGGCACGCCGCACUUCAGGCCCAGCUCGACAAUCAACCGCACGGCUGUUUUCACAACGCUGCUUCUGACGGGGGACCAUGCUCUUGGGAAAUGGAAUGGAAAGCCCCCCUUUCCCCUCCUCAGUAUUACUGAAAGCAAGACACCAUCGACACCACCUACCUGCCUCGGGAAAUGGCCAUUCAGAGGGAUUGACGGCCAGCUCAUCAUAGAACGACCGCUUGUACCCAACAACUCCCGGCAUCCCACGCUUCCCCGGAGCGCCCUCGCUCACACUUUAGUCUUCAAGAUGUUCAUGAUCUUCCGCCACGUCAACCUCGAUCGACUUUCCUGGCCUCUCUCCAUUGCCCCAAACCUUCGUCUCAUGCUACCACCAAAGGCAAUACGUGCCGCCAAUCUACUUCCCCAUGCGCCACCACCACCUCUCCAGAAAUCUAACUGGGGCCCUCCCACCACGGCGGACGUGCCAACGUUGCUCUGCGGGGUCCUCCCCUGA